AUGUCAGGAUAUUGUAACAAUUGUGGUGCAGCAGAUUUUACACCUGUGGAUGGUUUUUUCUAUUGUGCAGUGUGUAACACACAGUCACAGAUUCUUCGUGAAUUUGAUCUUGAUAAUGAAGGCACAUUUUUAAUUUCUACACCAUCAACGAAGAUUCGUCAGAAGAAGGCCAGAGCAGGCAAAAAUGAAAGGGAAAACAAAGUUGAGGAAGAAGAGGAAAUUGAUGAAAACUAUCAUUUGCCAGCCUUGAAACAGGAUUUCCCGACAUAUCUUGGACAUGCUGGUUUACGGUUGGCAACAUUUACAAAGCUACUUUCACAGUUUUCGGCUAUGCUAAUUCGUGAUUUUGGUGUGCUAGAGUGUGUAAAGUGGCAUGUUCUUAAUAUUCUGCAGCAUUAUCUUCAACGCUUCGGAGUAGCAUUCUGUAAGGAAGAAUUGGAUGAAGAAAACUCAUAUUGUCCAUUAAUAAAGAACGAAAAAUAUGAAGCGCAAAAAAAAGAGAAGGAGAUGAAAGUUAAGGCACAAAAAGAAGCGCAGUUGAGGAGUGGCGAUAACGUUAUAUCGUUAAUAUCAACUGCGGAUAUCACAGAAAAUUUGGAUGUUCAUACUUAUGAUCUCGAUAUGGAUGACUUAGAAGCUAUAAUUGAAAAAAGAACAAAGAUAGCAAAGGAUGCGUUUUCAACACUUUUGCGUGUUCCAAUGAGUAUGGAAAUUAUUAUGGUUAUUCUUUAUUUGGGAUGUCUGCUCUCCGGUGCAAAUUGGAUGUUAUUAUCUGAUAUUACACGGUGGUUUCGUGAAGGCCGAUUUCCGAUAUCGUUAUUUCAAUCUGCAGCUUUACUUGUUGGCGGAAAAGGAAACGAUAUCUUCAGUGCGAAAGGACUUUCUUAUUGUCCGAGGACACCAACAAUGCCGCUACAUGAAUACGUACGAACAAUUAUGGUGGUUGCUCAGUUAACCGAUAUUCCGAUCUUAACUCGCCUUAGCUAUAAUCUUAAUUUGCCGACUGAUUUCGUACAGCGCCUACACACAAUUUUUGUUAUUUCUUCUCCAAAUGUUGUUUUCGAUUCGCAAUUUAUUCAUCGAUUCGGGAAUGUUGAUUUGGAAGCAUUAUUGCAAAAGGCAAACAAUGCCUAUUGUGAUAAUAUCACUUUGGCGCUUGAGCAAAGCACUUAUCAGUUGGAAGAAGGUUGCGGUCGACAAUAUUCUAUAAUGCCAUCCGUCGAUGUCAAGGCAGUUGCAAUAAUACUUUUUGCUCUGAAGUUGAUGUUCGGUCUCGAUGAUGAUAAAGAAUUCAAUAUGAAAGCACAGUUCAAUGAAGUGAAUAACAAAGAAGAGCAAUUUAACUUCGGUGUUUGGAUGCAGCAGUUGAAAAUGCGCAUGAAUGUAUGGCGCGGUAGGCGUUUAAAGGACGUUUUAGAAAAAAGGACAACCGCCCUUCCCAAAUAUGACUUCAUGUUUGAAAAUUAUCGGACAGUACUCGUUCGUGAAAAUUAUCGAGGAGAAAAAGUAUCGCAGACUGGCACCGGUCGAGUAACGGGUGGUCGAAAUUUGUAUUUUAAAGGAUGUGUGCCGAGUAAUUUUGUUAUGGAAAAACGCGAUUAUGCAUUAUGCAGUACUUUUGAGGAUGAUUUCGAUUUCACGCCAUCACGAAGCCUCAGCAAAGAAGCUUUGUUAACACCUCUUCGUUAUCAAGCAACUCAUCAUCUUGAAUGGUAUGAAGAACUGGAAAAAAGUACUUCCGUAGAUAAUUUUAAAAACAUCGAUCGACAUAAUACCGAUGUUUUUUUCAAAUCAUUUAAAAAUCAACGGAUGGAAUAUGAAGUUGCGAAAGUCUCUGAAAACAAAAAAGUGCUAAAAAGCGAGGGUUCGUGUAACUCGGAUGAAAUGCGAACGAAAUGGCGCCAACUAUUUCCGUGCUCGGAAUAUUAUGAACCCUAUCCACGACCAGUAUACUGCCCUGGGUUACUCAAGGUUACUUCCGACGAACUGGUUUAUGUCCCUAUGAUUUAUACACCUGCGGUGGACGUUAUAUACCAAAGCGCAUCGCCAUAUUUCAGCGAGUCGUUCAGUGAUCUUCUUGAAAUCCUCUCUUUGAUGAUCGGAGAAGAUAUGAAAAUUGUUUACACUUUCUUUUUAAUGUUGGAGAUGAAAUGCUUAAUACCAAAUACAUUGAAUGACUUCAAUGAAAUUAUCAAAAAUUGUGAAAAGUUUACAAUUUGUGCUCAGGUAGAGCUGCUGGGUGACGAACCACGUAAUGUAAAAGUUCAGAUGUGUCGUAUAAUUGAAAAUAUCGCAAGGGCCGAUUUCAAAUUCUCGGUGAUUGAUGAUCCUGCUCCGGAAAAACGAUCAAAAGAGCAAAGAAAGCAACUGCUUGCAGCAGAACAUCCUGUGGAUCAAACCAAUGAUGUGGAAGAGGAAGACAAUAUGUUUACGACGACACAUAACGAAGAAUUAGCAAACGAUUUUAAGCGAAUGAAUUUGCAUCCAGAGGGAAAGCAAACGUCACCAUCGAAUAAAACGAAUACCAGUUUCAGAUCGACAUCUAAUUGUAAUACAAACAUCAUAACAAGUUUAAGCGAUGAUGAAAUAAGCAAUACUGUUCCUUCACGAAAACAGAAAUAUCGGAAGCAGGAUCUCAUGUCAGAGUUUUCGAAAACAAAUAUUUUUAAACGAUCAUUAACGGGAAGGAUCAAGAGUCGGUUCUCGGAAUAUUUUAAUUUCGAAUUUGAAACCUCAUUUGCGCUAGCAAUAUCGAAAUAUUGGUGA